GGCACACUCCACCCACCCGCGGCUACUUGUGCGCCCCUCGACGUGCCGCCGCCAUUUCCCCUCGUGGGCGGCCCGAGCAGGGGACCCCGUGCCGGGCAAGGCGCGGAGAAGGCGGUGGCCAUGUCGCGGGGCGCCGCCGCGGCGGGGCGGCUGCUGGUGCUGCUGAUCUGUUUGAAUUAUGGAAAUGGAUUCUAUGUGAAGGUUUAUAAUCAAAAUGGCAUGAGUGGCAUAUUGUCUCAUCCCAACAGCCUAAUCAGACAGAAGCGAGAAUGGACAGUCCCUCCAGCUUUCAUACGGGAAGAGGAGGACAAUUCCUAUAUGAAUCCAAUCGCUAGAAUACAUUCUGAUCUUGAAGAUAAAGGGAUAGUGGUAACUUAUACUAUAUCUGGUCAAGGAGUAACAGAACCCCCUUACGGAUUAUUUGUUAUCAAUGGAAAGACUGGAGACUUGAACAUCACGGGAAGGGUUGACAGAGAAAAGACUCCAAUGCUGUUUCUCAGAGGUCAUGCACUAGAUAAGACUGGAGCAAAACUGGAAGAGCCAAUAGACCUCCCAAUUAAAAUUGUGGAUAUAAAUGACAAUGCUCCGGUGUUUGCACAGGAAGUUUUUGUUGGUUCAGUUGAAGAAUUAAGUGAAACAGGUACAAUUGUAAUGAGGAUAAAUGCAACAGAUGCAGAUGAACCAAAUAACCUAAAUUCCAAAAUUGCUUUCAAGAUCAUUUCCCAAAGCCCUAGCGCUGCAUUCAGUGUGAAUAAGGAUACUGGCGAGGUUCAAGUAGCAAAAAUAAACCUUGACAGAGAGACACAAAGUAGCUAUUCUUUGGUGGUGGAAGCAAAAGACCGUGGUGGUGGAUUAGGUGGGAAUGCUGCAACAUGUUCUUUAGAAAUCAAGAUUUUGGAUGUCAAUGACAAUCUGCCUGUUGUUGAAAAUCGUGCAUUUGAAGGAAGCAUUGAAGAAAACAGAGCAAACGUGGAAAUUCUGCGAAUAAAAGUAUUUGACAAAGAUGAAGAGUUUUCUGAUAACUGGCUGGCAAACUUUUCAUUUGUUUCUGGCAAUGAAGGUGGCUUUUUUCGUAUAGUAACGGAUACCCAAACAAAUGAAGGAAUUUUGACUCUUGUGAAGGAGCUGGAUUAUGAAAAAAUGCAAAGCCUGGACUUGGGCAUUGUUGUUACAAACAAAGCAGAGUUCCACAAGUCAAUUAAACACAGUUACAAAGUACAAACAAUUCCAGUCAGAGUUAAUGUGGUUAAUGUGCGGGAAGGCCCUGUGUUCCCUGGUGGCACAAAAAUUAUUGAAGCAAGUGAGAAACUGCAGAUAAACCAGGUUAUUGGACAGUACCAAGCCUAUGAGGAAGACACUGGAAAAAUAGCACAGAACAUUAUAUACAUGAAAGGAAGAGAUACAGCAAACUGGAUCACAAUCAACUCAGUCACGGGGGAAAUCCAACUUGCCAAUAAACUUGAUUAUGAAUCGUCUUAUGUAGUAAAUGGUACCUACACUAUCACCAUGUUGGGUAUAACUACUGAUGUUCCGAAGAAAACGGUCACCGGCACAGUCAUUAUUCAAGUUAAAGAUGAGAAUGAUAACUGCCCAGUUCUUGUGAACCCUGUGCAGACUGUGUGUUCAGAUGCAAAAUUAGUUGAUGUUACAGCUAAUGAUUUGGACAGUUACCCAAACAGUGAUCCCUUCAGCUUUGCUGUCAUUGAUGAGCCAGAAGGGACGGCAAAAAAUUGGGUUAUUGCAUCCAGAAAUGGCACCAGCAUACAGUUGGUACCACAAAACCUGAAGCUGGGAAGAACUGAAGUUCGCAUCUUAAUAAAGGAUUUCCAAGGGUUCAGCUGUGCUCAGGCACAGUCUCUGCAACUGACAGUUUGCAAGUGUGCAGAUGAUGGUGUAUGCAAAGAGAAAUAUAUUGGCAAUAAGUCGGUGGGUCUGGGACCAGGAGCAGUUGCGCUAAUCAUCUUGGCUUUUUUACUUCUACUGCUUGUCCCACUAUUACUGCUGCUGUGUCCCUGCGGAUCAGGAGCAAAGGGAUUUGCUGCAAUACCGGACUACAGUGAAGCAACAUUGCAUCAGUGGAACAGUGAAGGAGCAGCUCCCGAGGAGAAGCCAGUGCAAAGCUUCAUCCCACCCACUGCAUCAGGGAACUCGAAAGGAGCAACCAGUGAAGUGACAGCAGCAGCAGGAAUGAGUGGAGAGGAAACUGCAGCAGGAGGAAGCAGCUCUGCCUCUCACAUAAGAGAGCAUCACACCACUAUUACUAAGGACAGAUGGGAAGAGCAAAGACAUCUCCUUUCUGGUGGGGAGUAUGGAGCCAUGGCAGCUGGAAGGGCUGAAGGCAUGGCAGGUCUAGAAGGCAAGACAGUGGUGGCUGGAGGCGGAGUCGCAGUGGGAGCAGCAGGAGCCAUGAAUGAAGAAUUUUUAAGAGACUACUUCAAUGACAAAGCUGUCUCUUUUGCGGAUGAAGAUGAAGCCCAAGCUGCAAAUGACUGUCUCCUGGUUUAUUCCCAGGGAGAGUCAGGCUCCCCCCACGGUUCCAUCGGCUGCUGCAGCUUUAUUGAUGGUGAUCUUGAUGACCAUUUCCUUGAUGAUUUAGGAGACAAAUUUAAGACUCUAGCAGAAAUAUGCAUAGGCAGACACAUCAACAUGAAAGAUGGUAGCUCCAGGAAUGAAUCGGGUUUUGGUCUUAAUGAUGCAAAGUCGCAGUUCUUAGAUCCACAGAAUGCUUCCAGCUCCAAACAAGCCUUUGCCCCAGGCAGCUGCUUCCAGCCCACCCCACCAGUGCACGUGGGCAGUGGUGCAGGACAAGACACCAUGUCCAAGAAGGUGGUCACGGAAACAACCUUUGCAUCCUGCUCUGGGCAGCAUAAUACCCGGCCCCUUCCCACAGCCCACACAGAGACCAAUUUCACCACGGUGGAAACAUGCUAUUCUGCGGGGGCUCCUGCCUACUCUGCCAGUGUCUGUCUAGACCCCCAGUUUAAGGAGAACAUAGUGGUGACAGAGAGAGUGCUGGCACCUGCAUCAAGCUUGCAGGGUCUGGUGGAAAUCCCCAGUUUGCCACAUGGAAAUAACAUGGUGGUUACAGAGAGGAUGGUGAAGUCGGAGAGUGCCGGGCCGGGAGCCCUGACGGUUCAGGAUCUCCCUGACUCCCAGUACGUCGUGGUGAGGGAGCGGGAGAGGGUGCUUGUGCCCACUGCAGAGCAGGGCUCACUCAGCUUCCCCACUUUGGCAGAGGGGUGCAGUGUGGUGGUAAAUGAAAGGGUGGCAACAGCCUCGGGGAUGCAAAGCAGAGCCGAACAGGCAGCAGGUGCCAGCCUGGGAAGGCAAGGGCAUGUGUUGAUCACAGACUCUCUGCUUAACCAGGCGGGCUCCAACUUAGAAGGGCCACCUCCUGCUAGUGCCACGCUGAGCAAGUCUUCCAGGGUCACCAAAUACAGCACAGUGCAGUACACUCGCUCGUAGCCUGGCCCCUUGCAGGGGUGGUGGUGUCCAGCACUCUGGUGUCCACGUGUGUCUUGCCUUGGGCUUUUUCUUAAGACCUGAAUUUGCUGGAGCUCUCAGAAUGACAUGGACUUGCUUGCAGUAGUUUGUAUAAAUAAGGAUUAUGACCAGGAAGCUAGCAAAGAAAUCUGCUCUUACAUAACAUUGGCAGCGAUCCUUUUGAAGUGGAAGUGUGUGGGAAAAACGUAAUUUCUUCUUUACUGUUUUUGUAAUUUCUGUUAUUAUUCAGUUAGUGUAAUAAUACCACAUAACCACAGCUGCAUAAUUAUGGGAAAGCAGAAAAAAGAAGUCUAAAAUCUAGUGAUGGAUAGUGGUGUGCAAAGCUGGUUAGGUUUCUGAACUGCUGUUUAGUGUGUCUGCUGAAGUCCCCCUUCAGGGGCAUCAGUUUCUCAUUGCCUGUUUGCCAUCUAUUACCUUGUGGGCCAGGGUAGCUCCUCCUAAACUGCAGCUGCAGAUCUCUGCACCUUGGUGGAUGUCUGAGAAAUCUCCCCUUCCUGAGAAGCCAAGGCCACCAAAACCAGUACAUCCUCAGGGCAGUGGUGUGUUGAUCUUCUGGAGGGAUGUCACAACUUCGGGUUAUCAGCAUUUGUACCUUAAGCAAUCAAUACUUGCAUAUUAGCAUUAGCACAGGGGUUAAAGAGAGUAAGUAGCAAAAAAGCUGAGAACUGCAAUUUUUUUGGUACUUCAGUGUAAAAAUUCCAUUACUUGCCAUGGGUCUAGGCUGACAUGGACAAGUAAGCAUUUGCAUCGUAUAGAUUUUUUCAUUGGCUCCUAACUGGUCCUUUAAUAAUAUAUGAGAAACAGCCAGGACUUAACCUUAGCUUUAAAGCUAGAGAUUCAAUCAGUAACUUUGCUAGCAAAGUUUAUGGCCCUUAGACAUCUGUAGGAUAUGAUUUACAAGUGCAGUUAACUAAGUGAUUUUAAUUUUGUCUAUGAAUUGUCACAGGUACGAGCACAGAAAUGCAGCCUGAUACGUGUGCUUGUGUGUGAGGUUCUGCUGGCUCCAGUACCAGAGCUGUGUAGGCCUGUGUAGUGCCGUAUAACAGCAAUGUCUCUUGGCUCUGACAAGACAAGAGAAAGCUGCCUUUAAUUCUCCAACAAAUAAGACCAUUUUUAUGUGGUAAAAGCAGAAGCCAGUACUGCACUGUUUGGCACUAUGUACAUAUGCAUAUGUAAAUAUUUGUAUGCAGUUUGAAACACUUUAAAGUUAAUUUUAUAAAGGAAAAACUGUCAUACACUCCUCAUGUUUUCUCAGAGUAGGAAGCAGUAUUUUAGAUUAGGUAUUGGUGCCACGUUUCUCUCAUACCAGUAAAAUCAGCAAGCUGGUCAUACGGUGCUGCAAAACCAGUGUACCCGUGGAACUUUCUGGUUGUCUCCAUCUCUCCUGGAGUUUUCCUGCAUGCAGCUGCAGUUAUGUUUUCCAGUAGUAUGUUUUGCCUUUGGCUAGAAAUGCUUUCAGUGUAUUUGAUUUUACUGAUAAGGAUGUAAAAGUUGAUUCAAAAAUAUAAAUAUAAAAAGUAGGAACCGUGGCUAUGCUUAACAGGAGGCAACUUGACAGACAGGCUGUUACAUUAAGUGGAGUACUUCCAAGCAAAUCAAAUUACCCCCUUGCUUGGACCUGUUGGUUAUUUAAGUACAUGUAUUUACUUUUAAGCAAGCACACAGUUUUAAGUGGUUACCACUUUUUCGUGCAGUUUAGAGGGAGUGAACUUAUUUCUAACUUUUUAAUGGAGUAUUUCUGUGGCUUUAUGCAAUCUUGAAAUAAAGAACUCUUACUGUA